AUGCCCGUUUCAUAUGUAAAGGGCGGUAGAAAUCUCAUAAACUAUAAUAUGUCCAUAGCCCAAUUAACAUCUUACUUACCCGUACCGGCUCUACAACAUGCUGCUUUAGAUUCUGCAUCAAUUGCUGUUCGAAUCCUGCUCCCUCCACCUCCUCCCCGCUUACCCGUGGCAAGGAUAACCCGGCUGGCUAUCGACAACAACCACCCGCCUGUGCCGUCGAGCCCACACUUGUUGGGAACUUCGUCUCCAUGGUUACAAACGACCGACAGCUCCGCUGUUUGGACACAGGCCCCUCUCGAUGAAGAGCCGUCAACUGCCGUCAGACGAAUCCUCCGUGCGCCUGAAGGCACGGGGUCGCGUCAGUGA